AAGCGGCAGAACGGGAGGAGAAGCAGCCCAGAGACAGACGGACGGACGGACGGACGCACGGCGGCACCGGAAAGAAAGGAAAGACAUGUGGAAUAAUGCACGAGCCAUGCGCGCGACCCCCCCAGGACCGUGCGGAGUGGCGGAGGGAUAUUUAACGGCGGACGUUUUGUGAUUUGUUCUUUUUCCUUCUCGGGGCUUUUCUCCGCCGCCGCUUCCUGCCGGGACUCCGCGGACGGAAAACACGCACACUCACGCGCGGAGAGUUCAUCCCCCGUGCGAGGCGCGUGGCAGAGCGCGCGCGCCCAGGUGUGUGUGCGCGCGUGCGCGUCCGGUCCCGGUCCCGGAGUUUGGGACUCCUCGGUUGUGACCCCGUGCGCGUGCGAAGGAAUAAUCAGCGAAACACCUCCGUCCUCACGUGCUCCUGAGCGGGCGCGCGUGCGUGUGAGUGUGUUUCCGAUUGUAUGUGCGAGUGGGAUGUGCGCGUGCACGUCCGUCCUGCGUUCGCGCGCGGCGAAUCGAUGAGGAUGGAUUUAUUUAGUUUGACACGAGGACGGAUCAGCCCGGACCCCGACGGUCACGUGAUGGAUAUUAAAUAAAACCACAGAAGAAGAAAAAAGGGUUUAUCUUUGGAUUGUUUUUCGAUCUUUCCCUCUCUGACCUCUGACCCCUGACGGUUUGGAUACUCCACUGUGGACGUCCCCCUGGUGGGCGGAGCCGACAGGUGUUUGAUCCAGACAUGACGAGCUGAGAAGUAUUAAAUCUAUCUGACGGAGAAUCCGACGACUUCAGGCUCACAGCAUGGUGGAUGCCAGUACAGCAUUCAGGAUGAACCCGCUAGCCGCACUUAGCAUUGACCGCAACGCUUUGAUUGGGGAAAACCUCCGCCCUCCUGGAGGAAUCUUCUAUCCUGGCAUCAAUCCCCUCUCUGUUGAAAAGCCACAAGAGCCGGGGACUUCCAUCCCUAUUGGAUACAACCUUCUGUACAAACCUGAUGUAUCUUUGCUUGAAGGACAGAAACCCACAAAUGGGUUUGUUGGACUUUAUAAAAACCCACCCCCAGGGCUCCAGAAGCCCCUGGUUGUCCCUGUCGAUGGGCUUGGGCUAGAACGCCGGGCCGGUGAUAAGCCGUCAGAGUUGGGCAGCAGUUUCCUGAGGUUGCCAUGGUUCACUCCUUAUGCCGAUGCAUCUAUGUACCCCUUCUUGGACAUGGCGUACAAGGCCUCCUUUCUAUCCCAACCGUCCCCGUUUCUGCACCAGCAGCUGGCUUAUCAGUCUCUAUGUGUAGCUGGAGCUGGAGGCAGCACACCUGGGGAAGAAAGACUUUUCUACCUGCCCCCUUACGCUGCAGCCCAUAUCUCAUCCCCAAUGGGCCCACCAAUUGGGAUCCCAACAGCAACCCCAGCUCCUGCUGUCCUUUCACCUCUGGCCCACUGUCAGGAAAAAGCUUUGCAGGGUCUUGGUCCUCAGGUACAUCAAGAACCCUCUGCCUUCAGCACCAGUCCUCAUAUCCAUCAAACAGUUCACCACAGUGAGCGCAGUCAGCACACUUCAACCAAAAAUAGUAUUAGCAGCAGCGGCAGCAACAGCAGCAGUAGUGGAGGGAGCAGCAAUGUCCCUGUUAACAGUUCAGCUAGCACAGCUGCUUUAGAGUCAGUUACCAAACCAAGCACUCCCAGCAAUACCUCUGACCUCCAGAAGUCUCUUUAUAGAAGCACUUCUUCAUCCUCAACCUCACUCUCAGCAUCACAUCCCUUCUAUGUGGGCAGCGCAAGCUCUGAGCGCUGCAACAAAACCAAAGACAUCAGCUCGGACCGCUGUAAUUCAGAGAAGUGCUUAUCACCUGCAAAAACAACUGUAGAAAGAGCCGUACCUCAAAUGCCUGCCAAAAAAACUGGGGACAAACCUUUGGAUCUAUCUGCCAAAGAGCUGGAAGGAUUCCCAUCCAAGCUAGAGGUCUUGGCCAAGUUGGGGUAUUUGCCGCCGUCGCGUUAUGGGCUGCUAUCCAGUCAAGAACACCAUUUGAAAGAAGGUCUUUCCCCACCUGCUAGCAUGUCCGCUAAGAUUCCAGAUCGUCCUGAAAUGAUUAGCACUGCGCCCUCUCCUUGGAUAGUACCAGGUCCUUCUCAAAUUGACCCUAGCAAAGUCUCCCAAGUGGUCAAAAACAAAAGUGUAGAAAGUGUUUCAGUGCAGCAGCAGUCCUCUAGUGCCUCCAGCGUUCAGAGUCCUGCCUCAGGAAAAAGGCCACCUGAGUCAUCCCCUUCCUCACAGUCCAAAGUUGAAAGGCCUGUGGAUUCUGAGAAAGUACUUCAAAGCAGUAAAGCAGAACCUCGUACAUGUUUGGUUAAACAGACUCCUGCUAAGUCAGAUGCUCAAGACAACCAACCUCAGACCAGUGUGGAUAAUGGAAACCAAUCAGCUCAAAUUUACUGUGACUCCUACCUCCCUCCUGGCUUAGGGUACACUAAUCGUUAUGUCCCAUACUCAGUUGCAGAAAGUAUGUCACUACAAUGCAUGACAAUACAAGGCAAAGGGCCUGUCUACCCACACCCAGUUUUGUUUGGCAGCGGCAGCUUUUACCCACCUCGACUUGCACCGAAACAUGGCCUUCCGUACGGAGUCCAUCCAAACCAGGGUGACUACUUGGCAUACCAAAAGUCCCAAGAAAUGGCACCUACAUCUGUUGCAUCUCAACCUGGUCUUGACACGAAAGACCAGCUUGAGGACAGGUCUAAGUGCCAGGAUAAACCCUGGAAUGUAGAACGUAACAAGAAAAUGCUCAAUGCUGACUGUGACAAUGAGCAAGACAAUUCCACAAACCAGAUAGUGAAGGUUUCAGGAAAAAGUCACCCAUCUGCCAGAGAUGAUGUAGUUUGUAUUGACCUUGUGCGGGAUGAGGCGGAGUUCACUGGGGAUGUAUCCACCAACAAACCCAGUACCACCAGAAGAGAGGAUUCCUCUAAACAUGGCACCAGUGACAAUAAUCACAUCCAAGGAGAGCAGUCCACUGGCCUACUUAACCACACCUCUGAACCUCAUAAUCACAACUCUUGUCCGUCAGGUGAGGAAAUACCAGAGGAAACCCCUGAUGAGGAGGAGGAACAACUAAGUCCACUUCCAGACAUCCCAGAAGAGCAGACAAUGCGAUGUGCCCGCACUACUCCCCAUCAAUUUUUGAGAAAAAAUAAAACCGGUGCUUCCCUGGGCUUGACUGAAGUUGGUGUUAGUGGCAGGAAUAACGGCGCUGUUGGAACAAACAUUGGCAAUGAGGCUAAUGUACAGAGUUCAGCCUCAGGAAACACAGAGCAAGACACCUCUGGAAGUAGAAACUCACCAGAAAGCCAGAGUGAUUCUGAGAAGACCACUGGGGUGAAAUGUGGAGUAACAAGCCCAAAGAGUCCAGCUAAAGGUGAAUCUGGAAACCCAGUUUGCAGUGGUAAUGGACCAGAUUUCCAGGUCCCACAAAACAGGAGCAUUAACCCCCGAGUUCCUGUUGGUGGAGUCUUGAACACUCGACCCUCGAUGUGCAUCAGUACCAACCCUAACAGUGGAGAUUUAAAUGUAAUAAACAGAAAUUUCAUGGGCUCACAUUGCAGAAACCUUCCUGUGAGGUCUUCAGCUGGUGAACCCUUUAGAUCUACCGUCCUCAUGACUCAAAACUGCAACAGAUUGAACCGCAACGCUGUUUGCCUGAAUCGUGGAAACCUUCAGGUUCUCGCAUGUGGAAGGAACAACUUCGGUAAUCUCUCAGUUGACCAGACUUUUGGAAGUAACCCAAAUGGUGUUAACUCUAGGGUUUCCACUUUUGGAGGCAGUAUUCCUACCUUCCAGCACCUUUCACUCGGGAAUGCCGCACCUAAUUUUAGCAACACGCCGACAGAUUCACCUCCAGAAGGUGAUAAAAAUUGCGACAGCCUCUCCUGUGAUGACAAAAUGGAGACCCUCAAACCAGAUUCUAGGACCCAGGUCGGAUUGGACGUCCUACUGGAUGAGGACGAAGGUCCCGGUUGCAGCAAGAGUCGGCGGUCUGGUUUGGCUAAGCGCAUCGCAAACUCAUCGGGCUAUGUUGGCGACCGGUUGAAAUGCGUGACGACGGAGCUGUACGCCGAUGCCAGCCAACUGAGCCGAGAGCAGAGGGCGCUUCAGCGAGCGAUGCUUCGUUUCUCUGAGCUGGAGCUGAAGGAAAAAGAGGGAGGAGGAAGAGAAGAGGAAGAAGAGGAAGAGGAGGGGGAGGAGGGGGAGGAGGAGCUGGCAGACGGCCAGCAGAGAGACGAAGAGGAGGAGGAGGGGGAGGAGGGGGAGGGGGAGAAGAAAGAGGCAGGAGGAGGAAGAACUCCCUCCGCUGCCGCCGCCGCCGAGGCUGCGAGAGGGUUACAUCCUUCCUGUCCUCGCAGUCGACUCCCCAUCACACCGAUGUGUCGGCAACCCGACGACGACAAGAACAACGAAGACGUGGCGGCCGGUGUUCCUCAGGACGACGUGAAGAACACCUCGGUGCCGGAGCCACAGCAGAGGUUUGUGUCUGCAGCCAGAGGGCUGUUCCAGGGGAAGGCGUCGACGGCCGGACUCGGCGGCCUGAACCCCAGCGUCGCCUUAAACCGGAGGCGGAUCUUCAGCCUGGAGCCGUUUCACCAGAGCAGCAUCAUCAGCAGUAAACUGAAGAGAGGGAGGGAGGACGAGACGGAGGAAGACGACCGGACGGACAACCACAACAAGAAACUAAACACUGACUCAACCCUCGAUGACGUGAAGAAGCUGAAGGUUUGCAUCGAACUGAACGGCCUCCGGCUCAACAAGCCCCGCCUCCCCGGGGAGAUCGGCCAUUGGCUGCCCUCUGGCCAGAGGUCAGCGGAGUUAGGGAGGGGGAGGUCAGAGGUCAACGGAGGCUGGUGUGACCCCACGUUCAUGAGGAGGGACGGAGUUUUACCCUCAGGACCAGUUUUCCACAUGACUCCACCCUCUUCUCCUGCCCAUCUCCCCCGGCAACAGUGCAGCCCCGCCCCCCGACAUCCAGGCCCAGCCUCCUUCAGCUCCUUGGCUUCGUCGCGGCUCCUGGACAAACACCAGAGGCUGAGGGAGAACCGCCGAGUGUCCGGCCUCCUCCCGUCCUUCCCUCCCCUUGCUCCCUCCUCCUCCUCCUCCUCACCCCCCCCCCUUCAUGACCCCCAUCAGUUCCGCUGCCAUGGCGACGACCCGGACAAGCCCAAGGGCAAGCGUCCCUGCAAGAUGAAGCACACGGGAGGAGGCGAGGAGGCGAGGGGAAGUGAAGAAGAGGAGGAUGAAGAGGACAUGGUCUCCUCGUCCGACCUGCCCCGACCGCCCCUGCAGAGCCCCGCCCCCUCAGCCACCCGACCCGCCCCCCCGGAGGUACGGCGCCUAAUCGUCAACAAAAACGCCGGGGAGACGCUGCUGCAGCGCGCCGCCCGCCUAGGAUACGAGGAGGUGGUCCUGUACUGUCUGGAGCGGCGGAUCUGUGACGUCAACCACAGGGACAACGCCGGCUAUUGUGCGCUACAUGAGGCCUGCUCCCGCGGCUGGUUGAACAUCGUACGCCACCUGGUGGAGCACGGAGCCGAUGUCAACUGCAGCGCUCAGGACGGCACCAGGCCACUGCACGACGCGGUGGAGAAUGACCACGUGGAGGUGGUGCGCUUCCUGUUGGCCUGUGGCGCCGAUCCAACCCUCACCUCCUACUCUGGACGCGGACCCAUCAACAUGACCCACAGCGCUACCAUGGAAACCUUUCUGGAAGACUAUCUGUCCGACCUCCAGGGGCGGGCCGACGGCGACCCGGGAAUCUACUGGGAGUUCCACGGCAGCUCAGUGUGCGAGACGUCCAACGAAGGGGAGGUCUACAACAUCUUGGCCGACCCUCCGGGGCCGGAGGAGGAGGAGGAGGACGAACAUGAGGACGACGACGUGGAACAACGAGCCAGGAGGGAGGUGUUCGAGUUCGAGUUGUCCGACCGACCGCUGCUGCCGUGUUACAACAUCCAGGUGUCGCUGUGUCAGGGUCCCAGGAACUGGCUCCUCCUUUCCGAUGUCCUUGGUCGUCUUCGGAUGACGUCCAAGUCUUUUCGGCGGCUUUUCCCGCAGCUCAACGUGCAGUCCAUCCCAGAGGACGAGUUCUAUCGGCAGGCGUCGCUGUCGCAGCUUCUGACCGGUCCAGACGAGCAGGAGCUGGCCUCCUUCCGGCCUGAUGUGAAGGAUCCUCUGGAGCUGGUGGAGGCCACCCCGGAGCUGGCCGGCAUGCUCGGAUCUUCCCUGGAAUUUGUGGACAGUCGCUGGGAUUCAAUGGAAGCUUCUCCUCCAGCAACACCACCCCCACCGGCAUCACCUGCACCGGUGCUACAUAUUCCGGUGUCAUUACCAAACAGCCGAACAGCGGAUCCUGGCACUAAAGUCGACAAAGGUUUGGAAGACAGAAGUGCGGCCUUGGUGCAAGGGCCUAAAAAUCUGGGAAGUUCUACAGCAGAACCAGCGAAAACGGAAACCAAAAUCGAUGCUAGAACAUGGGAAUCACAUCCGCAAGGAAAUAAAAAUAUUCCUUCUCUUGCAAAUCCUAGUGUUAUACUGAACGCAAACAUAUGGGAACCACAGAAACUACGAAGCAAGACCACGGCACUGAAUAAUCCAGACUCUAAACUAGACUCUAGUGCUUGGGAGCCGCAACAACACAAAAACAAAACCUCCAGCAGCAUUCCUGACACAACGACUGGUGCUAACAUGUGGGAACCACAGCGAUUACGAAGUCGGAACACCGUGACCACAAAUACUGUGACCUCUGAUGCCAAGGUGGACCCUGAACCACAGCGACUGCGAAGUAAAACCACUGGAAAUCCUGUGAAUUCUAACGGGAAAGUGAACGCUAACGUUUGGAAACAACAAAAUCAGGGUGGAAAGAACGGAGCAGUUUUAGUCUCCACAAAUGACGGCAGUGCUGUGGAUGGUAACAUUUGGGAACCUCAACGACUGAGAAGUAAGAACGCUGCAAUCAGCUGCUCUUCGAAGUCGGACUCUACAGCGGAUGCAAACAUUUGGGAACGCAAGGGAGUGAAGCGGCAAGUUGAGAACAGCACGGAAACAAAAAGAGAAGCUAGUUCAUUGGAAACCCAAACACUAGGACCUAAGACCUUUAAGUUGGAUGCCUCAUGGCCGAGGAACUUCGGCAACGUUCGCGUCCACAUCAGAGACCUUGGGUUGAGUGUUGGGAUAGGUAACAUACGAAAGGAUGUGAAGAAAGAGCAAGGCAAGGUUGUCGGGAAGACUUCCAGGAUUAAGAGCAGGUCAUGACCCAGUGGGAUGAUGUGUUGCACAGCUCAAUCACCAGUAAAAGAUGUAGCCAUUGGACAUUUCAGGAAACAAAACAUACGCGUAACCUCAGCGUUACUCGCCUUUGAAGAAUGUGAUGCUGUUUAAAAUAGUUCAAUCGGCAGGAGGUCGGAGUGCUGGAUGGUAGGUUGACAAAAAUCCAGAAAUUUAAUGCUAGAAACUGGAUUGACUGGAUUUGAUGUUUUUUCACACCCGUUUGUAGGUUAGGUUAUGACGUCCUACUUUAUUUAGGUAUUUAGGGUUAGCGGUCGCUCACAUCAUGAUAAAUGUUCAACAAUUAUUUUCUUUCAAGUUUCGUGGCUGAUUUUGGUGCUAACAAUCCAGAUUUGUGUUUAUAUUUACCAAACUUUCCUGGAAACAGUGCAAUGUUUUAGGUUUUUAAACAGAAUAAAAUAUAGCAAAUAUUGAUAAA